CUUAAGAAAUAUGUUGACGUAAAUCUUUUUCGUUACAAGCUACAAAGAUUACAAAAAUAAAAUGCUACUACACACCGAGAAUGUCCGAAAAACAAUAGAAGUUUUCUUUAGACAUAAACAAGUUACUCGUUUAACCUUACGUGCCAUUUGGAUAUCUCAUCAAUGAGAUAAAAAGUUUUUUUAUUCUUGCUAUUAACUAUGAUCGAGCAUAUAUGUGAACUGUCUUUGAAAAGAGAAAGUAAGUUUCCUUUUAUGGAUGUAAAACCCUUGACUUUUAAAAACGUAUGGAUAACCUGGUGCGGUAUCAGCAAGUACACUCCAAAAUGUGGUUUUCACGUGGACAGCAAUGCCACAAUCGCCGCCGAAAAAACAAGACAUGCUGAAUCUAAAUAUUGGUGGAUAAUACAUCCAUUCAGUUAUGCCAGAUUUAUUUGGGAUACUUUGAUGACGGCAAUCUACAUGAUCGCUUUCUUUACAAUCCCCUUUAUGGUUUGCUUCGUUAUAAUGGACUACGAAACAAUUCGUCUGGAUACAGUGAAUCUUCCAAUUUACGCGAUCUGUUGGUUAGAUAUAAUACUUAAUUGUAUUACGGGAUAUUACGACGAGAAAACUAUGUCUGUCGAGUUGAAACCUAUUAAAAUAUUUAUGUUUUAUCUCAAAAGAUUUCUUGUGCCGGAUGUGUUAUCGUCUGUUCCGUAUAGUUAUAUAACACUACAGUGGCGAAGAUUACCGGGAAAUAAUCCUCAUUAUAUCGUUACUUUAAUUAAUAUUAUGCCUCUCCUGAAAUUAACACGCUAUUGCACUUUUAACUCAAACAUUUAUUAUCUAUUUAUGCAUUUCGAAAUAAAAAAUUUUUAUUUGGAAUUAUGCACCACCCUAUUGCUAGGAUUAUACUUAAUCUUUUGGUUUUCCUGUUUGUGUUACUUGAUACCGAUUUUGCUGAUGUACUUUAUGAACAUUCCGCCGAAGGAAUGCAAAGAUUGUUGGAUGAUGAAAUUGGAAGACAGCAGUCUCCAAUUCAGAUUAAAAAACGCUGCAUAUAUCGUGCUGGAAAAUAUAUUAGCAAGUGGCUACGGCCCGUUUGUACCAGAGACAGACGGUUCCAUCAUUUUCAAUAGUAUCCUCAUGAUUAUCGGUAGAUUCAUUGUGUGCUAUAUAUUGAUUAUGUUCCUUCAUAUCAAAGCUGAAAGAAAGUCAUCCGAAUCAAAAUUUCAAGAAUUAAUAGACCAAGUGAAAGCAUACACGAGACAAAAACAAUUAUUGCCACACAUGAAGAAACGUCUCUUAGCUUAUUAUCAUUAUCGCUUCAAGAACACUUACUUUCGCAGUAAACGGAUUUUAUCAGAUUUGACAGAACCGCUACGUGAAGAGAUCGCGCUUCAAUCUUGUCGACGAUUGAUCGAGAACGUGGCAAUCUUUAAGAAUUUGCCAAGAAACGUUCUGCAGUCAAUAGUGAAGAACUUAAAAUUCGAGUUAUAUUUGCCAAACGACGUAAUCAUUAAAGCUGGUAGUCACGGUGACUGUAUGUUCUUCUUGUCCUCCGGGACCGUCGCGGUUUUGACGCCAACUGGAAAGGAAAUGUGCCAUUUGAAUGACGGUGCCCAUUUCGGCGAGAUCGCGCUCUUGGUGGCGGAUCAGCGAAGAGUAGCCAGUGUCGUCGCGAUCGAAGUCUGCGAGGUGUAUCGGCUAGAUCGUAAAGACUUCCGUCAAUGCAUAGACAUACACAGCGAGCUAUUCGCGGAGAUCGAACGCAUCGCCACGGAACGCAUAGAGAGAACCAUCAGAGCAGAGGAACAACACAAGCGUUUUUUGAUGCGUCCUAGUCGCGUGCCGAAUUUACGCAACGGACCGACGAGAACUUGA